UGGUGAGAGAAGAUUAAGGAGAGUAGUAUAUAAUGUAUCUACAAAAAUAAUAUGCCUAGAAAAUACGCAUCUUUUGUUAUCGAUUCUAGGCAUCUUAUCAAGAUCCCACAACCACUCCUUAUAUCUUCACCAUUCUCAAUCCCUUUACCUUAUUCUUCAAUUCAUUCAUUCUUCCUCUCAAACACAAUCCUCAAACCAAAACAAAAAAAAACAAUGAAUGUCUUGUUAGAUUCCAACGUUGAGGCUUUGGCUUUCAACUACUUGAACUUCGGUUUGGUCACAGCUCUCAACAAUUUAUGGACCUGGUUGGCUCUUCUCACCGCCGCUCUCAGCUUCUGGAAGAUUCGCUCUUCGGGUUGCCCUAAAAUUCAAGACACGGUUUCGGAAAAAUCCGACACGGGAGUCGAACCGUCGUUGUUAUCGUUUGAAGAUGUAACAGCAUCGAAAACUGAGAAACCUAGGAAAAUGUUAAACGAGGUUUGUAAUGAUGAUGAGGAUGUUGAUGGUGUGAGGAAGGGGAAGUAUACGGUGUAUUACGAGGAAGACAUGCAAUGCGGAGGCGGAGAGAGUGGUGGUGAUUGCUGUUACGGGCUGUUGCCGGUGGCGGAAGGGUGGGAACGGGAAGAUGAGAGGGAGUGGUGGAAACGGUGGGAGGAGGUGUUGAGGUUGAGAAAGGGAGAGAAUGAGAAUGGGUGGUACACGUGUCAAGAUUUGAUUGGGUUGAAUGGCAACGUGGUGAAAAGAUGGGACGGUGGUUUAACGUUUGUUGGUGGUGGUAUCACAGAGGAAUCAUCAUGGUACAGAUCCAGCUGUAUGUUGGAUUUUGUGUCUGAAAAAUGAUAAUUUAUGAGAAGAAAAAAAAUAAAGUAGAAAUAAAUUUUUUUUUUAAUAUUAGGUGUAGUUAGUUAGGUUAUGUCGUGUUUGUUUCUGUUGGAUUAAUAAUAGUUUCUCUUCAUUAAGAUUUGAGAGAGAUUAUUUAGAUUUGUUAUUUGAGAAUGUAUAUAUGUGGGUAAGUGCGAUUUGAUCAAUUUUGUUGUUGAUUACAACAAUUUUAUCAUAA